UGCGCGAUAAACGUACCGUGUGACGUGCCGUCCGCGCGGGUUCAGGGGACGGGGUCGCGUCGUGUUGUAAUACCAUCAUUCGUUUCCGUUUUUAAUAUUCUUGUUCAUCGGUGUUCAUUUUCUCUGGUUUUUUUUUUUUCUAUUCUCAAAACGUUUCUCGGCGCCUUGCGCACGUGCCCGGCCUAACAACCGACUAAACGCAUGGGUUUUACGUGUCACGUGACCCAGCUCGUUGUGUAACUUGCGACGUUUGAACCAAUAACGUACCGUAGUGCUCGGGAUAUCGUUAUCUAAGCGACUCGUCCCCGUUCCCGCCGUCCGAUUGUCACGGUUGGCCUCCAUGAAGGUGUGAGAUAAAAUACGACUCGAACUUCGGUGACGACCGAACAAGACCGUGACCGCUUCACGUCACAUGGAUCGUCACACCGUCCGUCCGCUACCGCGGUACUACUGGUAAGCCGAUAUCGCAAACCAUGUUCGUGGCCGCGUGGCUGUUGAUGGCCGCGACGGCCGGCACCGCGGUGGCCAGCGAGUACCCGGAACGCGAGUGCUGCGAUCCCGUCAACGUGCCGCCGGUGUCCAUGUCCGCGACGCCCAACUACGCGUUAGCCGCUGCCGCUGCCGGUUACCAGACGGCCGCUACGUCUCCGUCGACCAUCGCCCCCGUCGAGGGCCGCCGAGAAGGAAAAACAUCUACAGGAAGUCUGAACUGUUUGUUGGCAAGAUCGUUAUGCAAUGAAGAUCCAUCGUGUUUUAAAAUUAUAAACCUUAUUCCAAGUUUAUGUGGGAAUGAAAUAGUCUCGUGUUCGACGACUACAGUGAUCAAGUGUCGCGCGGCUUUGAAAACCCUUCAAGCGUUUCCAUUCUUCAAGCCAACGUGUCUGUGCCGAGAACCGAAAAUCGAUUACGAAUGCAAUUCCUUUCGUAAUUUUUUGUUCGACCACCCGUGUAACUUCACACAGCGCAAAGAAUACGACCCGUUCCAUAUUGAUACUUUGGCCUCGUGCAAUCAUGCGUUGACAGUUUGUGAAUCAUCCCCCGAUUGUCGACAAAUAUUCGAGGACUUCAAGAUCAAUUGUAAAAUUACAAAAGACAAUACUUGUGAAACUAGUCGACCGGAAGAAUGUCACAAAUAUUGGCUGCGGUUGAGAAAAACUCCAUUGUUCGGAUGCAUAUGUCCUCAGAAUCAAGUUAAAAAACGUUGCGAUCGUAUUUUUGCAUUGAUAAAUGAAAAUCCGUGCAUAAGUUCCAAGUCGUCGCCAAUCGACAACUCUAUAUUGAACUUUCAGAGUACGUGCCACGAGGCGUUAGAAACUUGUAAUAAGCAUCCACAUUGCCAGGAAAUGGUGGCUUCCAUUAUUCGAAAUUGUAAUCAGAGACAAUGUAGAAAAUCCAACUGCAUGGAAUCGUUGCAAAGCUUUUACAGGAAUGAAUCAAUGCAUUCGUUCGCGAUCGAAAUCGCAUUUUGUCUGUGCAAAAAAUCUGGAGUCAACAAAGACAAAUGUUUGAUAGCUCAAGAAAUGUUGCAUCCAGAAUGUGCGCAGCGUGUAGACGGAACAGCUAAAGUGUCAUGCCAUAGCUUGGCCGAAAGUUGCAGGUUGAAAUCAGAUUGCAGGUCCCGACUGGAAACGUUUGAACAGACGUGUUCUGUGGAUCAGAUGACCAGUCGAUGUGCUGGGCCGCCGUCUGCAUGUCGCGAAUCCAUUUUGGGCAUACUGGGAACGAUGUUGAGGACGAACUGUGCGUGCAAGGAUACAUCCCGUUCCAAAUUCUACGACUGCAUGGGAUGGCAACGAGUAUUUUGGUUCAACUCGUGUGUCGUGGAAGCUCAGCGGGAUUUUCACAUGGCCAAAAUAAAAGAAUUGGUCAAACUGUCGUCGCAUCACUCGCACACGGUUGUCCGCGAUCACGAGCAAACGACGGCGAUCGCGAUCAAACCGCUGUCGCCGGUGAUGCCUUGGACCAGAGCCACGGACGCGCCGACCACAACCACGGUCAAAGUCCUGAUGGCGGGCAAAACAUUCCGAUCCGACGCGACCGCGGUCGCCACACCGAAUCCCGUCACGACCACGUCGACGACAACUACCACCGCCACUACCACUGUCACCGUCGCCGACACAACUACCGUUAUCGCCGCGACCAAUGCUGACUAUUCGGCCAUGACAUCGACGACAACAAACGUUAUGCUCCCAUCUCAAAUCCCUUUACGAGGAUGUAGUUUGCAGAGGUCACCACAUUAUAACAAACAGUUUUUGCCCGAAGGUGAUGUCAUCAGGCUUCACAGUUUAGAGGAUAAUUCGUGCUCCGAGGUAUGUCAUUGCAAGUCAGUCGAAAGUUUGACUUGUCAAACCAUCUGUGUGGAAGUAGAACCAUGUGAAACAGAAAUCGCAUACUAUCAUCACGAAUCACCAGCUUAUAUUGCGUUCCGUGGACGGUGCGUGUGCUACGUUGGGAGAUUUAUUUGUAUGCGACCAAAAAUGGGUUCAUAUGCGCUGGUGCCGGGCGUGUUUUUGUUCUUGGGAUACAGUGAAAAGGACGAAUCGUUGUUGAAAAGCUUGGACAUAAUGAAUUUUGAGAUCAAAGAUAUCGUUUACGAAAUUCAGAAGUUCAUACAUGAGCACAUGAUGUAUAACACUACAUGCAAGCUACAACUACACAUUAUGUCAUUCGAAAAUAUGAUCAUAGUGGGAAAAGCCACUCAGAAACUUACCGCUGGAGGUUAUCUCAAAGACGAUGCUACAGACCUCCGAUCUUCCGUUUUACAAGAUAAUGUGGCGUGUUUCGAUAUUUUAAAAAAUUUCUCGUAUCUCGUCACGACGCAAGCUAUGCAAGUAAAAACCAACAUGAUACUAUCAGUGUUGAAGAUCGCCGAAGUCGAUAUACUGUUACCGGCGUCGAACUCAUGGAGUACAAGUGUGUUACCAAACGCGGGUAUGCUAACGUUGACACUGGUAACUAUAAUGGUCCUAUUCUAAAGAUAAAAAAAGACAAAAUAAUACAUUAUUGUAAGUUGAUUUAAUUUUUUUUUUAUUGUUAAGUUUUCUUUUAUCUUAUACAUUUUAUCUUCUGUUUUUAUAAUAUUUUUCUUAUAAGAUUUAAAACUCCGGUAGAAAUUCGGUGCGUCAUAACUUUUUAAGUACUGCAUGGAAUUUCGAUGGCUCCCAAUAUUUUUACAGCAAUAUAAGCUGAAAUACAAUCUUAGUAAAAUUGUAUUUCCACGUUAUCAUUUCAAUUCUUGUUUAGUCUUUGAACGCCAUCGUUUUAC